AUGGGCUGUCUCCCUAAUGCUUCACAUUCUCCAGUCUUCUUGCUUAUUGGAUUCUCAAAAUCUAGGGUUCCUGCCAGUCUUCUAUUUUUCCUGUUCCUGACUAUUUACCUGGUAAGCUUACUAGGGAAUGUGACUCUGGUGCUGCUGAUCUCCAGGGACUCCAGGCUCCAGUCACCUAUGUACUACCUGCUCCGUGGGCUCUCUGUGAUAGAUAUGGGCCUGUCUACAGUCAUCCUACCUCAAUUGCUGGCUCAUCUGGCCUCUAAUUAUCCAGCUAUUUCUGCAGCCCGUUGCUUGUCCCAAUUCUUUUUCUUUUAUGCAUUUGGAGUGACAGAUACACUGGUGAUUUCUGUGAUGGCUCUGGAUCGCUACGUGGCCAUCUGUGACCCUCUGCACUACCAUUCAGUGAUGAAUCGUCAACUGUGUGCUCGCUUACUGGCCUUAUGCUGGGUGGUGUCUAUAGCGCAUACCAUGCUGCAUGUUGGUCUCAUCUUCCCCCUGUCCUGGGCUGGGGAUGCUCAGGGCAAUGUUAUCCUUCCCCACUUCUUUUGUGACCACCGGCCACUUCUUCGAGCUUCUUGUUCCGACAUACAUUCCAAUGAGAUGGCUAUAUUCCUGGAGGGUGGCUUCCUCAUGCUAGGUCCCUGUACCUUGAUUUUACUCUCCUAUGCACGCAUUGGGGCCACCAUCCUACGUUUGCCUUCAGCUUCUGGUCGUCUCCGUGCAGUUUCUACUUGUGGAUCCCACCUCACUAUGGUUGGAUUCCUCUAUGGCACCAUCAUUUGGGUCUACUUCCAGCCACAUUCCCAGAACUCACAGGAACAGGACAUGGUAGCUUCAGUGAUGUAUACUGCCAUUACACCCUUGGCCAACCCAUUUGUGUACAGCCUCCGUAACAAGGAUGUUAAAGGUGCACUCCAUAGGUUGUUUGGAAAAGGGAAGGUGGACUCCUGA